UGGUGAACGACACGGCACGUACUCGUCGUGCACUAGCUCCGAUGGCUCAGCGCCGGCAGCGCGGCUUCCCUCCGGUCACCAGGCCGUGCCUGGCCCUCGCCGUGGUGGCCCUGAUGUGCGCCGCUUCCACCACCACGGCGCAGCCGCAGCCACCGCCGCUGCCGCUGCCACUGCCGCAGCCGACGACGACGACGGCGGCGCCCGGGGUGCCGAGCCUGCCGGCAGCGUGCCCGCCGGCGCGGGCUACCCUGUCGCCGUGCCUGGGCUUCUUCAUCGGCAACUCCUCGUCGCCGCCGGCCGAGUGCUGCGCCCAGAUCCGGGCUAUGUUCCAGUCCCAGGCGCCGUGCCUCUGCGCCGCGAUGGCGUCGGGGCCCGCCCAGCUCGGGCUCGGGUCCGCGCUCGGCCAGCUGCUGCCCAGCUCGUGCGACCUGCCCGCCAACGCCUGCUCGGGGCAGGGGACCGCGAGCGGUACCCCGGCUGGUCCAACGACGCCGGCGCCAGGGUCAGGCGCAACCUCCGCGGCGGCGCCGGAGACUGGGCCGACCGGUGUGGACCCGGCCGCGGCAGCUGGUGCCGGUGCCGGUGGAGUCAAGUCAGUUCCAGGCGUGCUUGACUCGGGAGCUGCAGCAGCAGGCUACCGCGGCGUCUCUGCUGCCGCUGCCCUGGUGUCAUUGGUCGUUGCUUACAUUUUCUGAUGUGGUUAUGUACUAUAGGGAUUGUUGUGAUGUCGUCGUGCGUGUCCAUGGUUCGUACAUUCAGAUGUGGAUUUGUGUUUCAUGCUCUGUGCUUGUUGCCAGAUGUGACCAGUGACCGCACACCGCACGUGCUGCGUGCCAGGAGUUUAACGUCUGUUACAUCGUGAGCUCUAACAACACGAUUGCAGCCCAUCGAACACAGCUGUCACUGAA